UUGACCUACAAAAUGGUUUUCUGUUUAAUGUUGGAAGGAUUUUGAUGUCGGUGCUUGGCUUUUUUGUUUUAUUUUUAACGCACAAAGGUAGAAAUACGCAGGAGUGUGUUUACGAAAACCCAAACUUCAUUGAAACACAGGGGUGAGGAGAGGAGAGCUGCUCGAUGUGACUGUGGCUCUCGUCGAACCAUGAGUAACAGUCACCCCCUGCGUCCUCUGGCCUCCGUCUCAGAGAUCGAUCACAUCCACCUGCUGUCGGAGCAGCUGGGCGCCCUGGUGCUCGGCGAGGAGUACAGCGAUGUCACCUUCAUCGUGGAGGGGAAGCGUUUCCCGGCUCACCGGGUCAUCCUGGCAGCUCGCUGUCACUACUUCAGGGCUCUGCUGUACGGCGGGAUGAAGGAGUCCCAGCCUCAGGCGGAGGUGUGUCUGGAGGAAACGCGGGCGGAGGCCUUCUCUAUGCUGCUGCACUACCUAUACACGGGGCGCGCCAGCCUCAGCUCGGCACGGGAGGAGGUGGUGCUGGAUUUUCUCGGCCUGGCUCACCGCUACGGCCUGCAGCCGCUGGAGGACUCCACCUCGGAGUUCCUGCGCACCGUGCUGCACACCAACAAUGUCUGCCUGGUGUUUGACGUCGCCAGCCUCUACUCUCUGAGUGCCCUCAGUGCGGCCUGCUGCGCCUACAUGGACAGACACGCACCUGAAGUGUUGAAUUCAGACGGCUUCCUCACUCUCUCUAAGACCGCUCUCCUGACUGUGGUCAGCCGUGACUCGUUUGCCGCCAGCGAGAAGGAGAUCUUCCUGGCUCUGUCGCGCUGGUGCCGCCAGCAGGGGGACGGUAGUGGGGACGGCAGCGGUGGGGACACACGCGUGGUAAUGUCGGCCGUGCGGCUGCCUCUCAUGACGUUGACGGAGAUGCUGAACGUGGUGCGGCCAUCCGGCCUCCUGAGCCCCGAUGACCUGCUGGAUGCCAUCAAGACCCGGUCGGAGAGCCGCAAUAUGGACCUGAACUACCGGGGGAUGCUCAUACCAGAGGAGAACAUUGCCACCAUGAAGUACGGCGCUCAGGUGGUGAAGGGGGAGCUGAAGUCGGCGCUGCUGGACGGAGACACACAGAACUACGACCUGGACCACGGCUUCUCCAGGCACCCCAUCGAGGAGGACGGCAGGGCCGGGAUCCAGGUCAAGCUGGGUCAGCCGUUCAUCAUCAACCACGUCCGCCUCCUGCUGUGGGACAGAGACAGCAGGUCGUACUCGUACUACAUCGAGGUGUCGAUGGACGAGCUGGACUGGGUGCGCGUCGUGGAUCAUUCCAAGUACCUGUGCCGCUCCUGGCAGAACCUUUACUUCACGCCACAGGUUUGCAGAUACGUUCGCAUCGUGGGAACACACAACACCGUCAACAAGGUCUUCCACCUGGUGGCGUUUGAAUGCAUGUUCACCAACCGCUCGUUCACCCUGGAGAGUGGCCUUGUGGUGCCCAGCGACAACGUGGCGACCAUCGCGUCCUGCGCCAGCGUCGUCGAGGGCGUGAGCCGCAGCAGAAACGCCUUGCUCAACGGCGACACGCGCAACUACGACUGGGACUCGGGAUACACCUGCCAUCAGCUGGGCUCUGGAGCCAUCGUCAUCCAGCUGGCUCAGCCGUACGCCAUUGGAUCCUUAAGGCUGCUGCUGUGGGACUGUGACGAGCGCUCGUACAGUUACUACAUCGAAACCUCCACCAACCAGCAGCAGUGGACGAGGGUGGUCGACCGCACGAGGGUGGCCUGUCGAUCGUGGCAGACGUUGAAGUUUGAUAAGCAGCCUGCUUCCUUCAUCCGAAUCGUUGGGACACACAACACUGCUAAUGAGGUUUUCCACUGCGUUCACUUCGAGUGUCCGGCUCAGCUCGACACCGAGGUCGCCGAGGGCAGUCCCGGCGUCAACUCGUCCGACUCCGGCGCCGCGCCCCUGCAGCCCCGCCCCCAGCGGCCUUCACGCACACACAGCCUGCUGCCCACCCAGUCCUCCUCCUCCACCUCGCCGCCGUCCUCACAUCAUUAAGACCGCCGCCGCCGCCCCCAGAGUGGAAAGGAGAAGCCUCAGAAAUUCCAUUUUUGCACAGCCGUCAUCAUCCAGACUACACUGCUGAGACGCUGCUAAAGGAAAGGCUCAUCGUCAUUCACCGUGGUCCUUC